GAGAAGGCACUUGAGUACAGCGCAGCACGGCAGUCAAUCGCAUCACCAACCCACCACCACUCCUCCGCCAUCAUGAUAAUACGCUCCCUGGCUCGCCGCCCCAAUGCCAUCCCCACCUCACUGUUCGCCGCCCGUCACGUAGCGAGGCCCUCGCCUUUUGCAACACCAGCAUCCUCCUUUGCACCACUGCUUGCACGCAGCCACCACAAAGUCCCUGCCCUCGAUAACCAUGCGGAGCUGCAGGCCAACGGAAUACCCUCUCUCCUGUCUCCUCGGGGUUUCGACAUUGCAUACACUCAAUACCACCAGCACAUUCUCGAUGAAUUGAAUAUAAUAACGGACGGCACCCCCGACGAAAAUCAGGAUGUCAAAUCCCUCGCAGUCAAUUAUGCCCGCGAUCCCACAAAGGCAUACCAGUUCAAUCUGGCCUCGAUGGCUUUCAAUAACCACUUCUUCUUCUCCGGCAUAAACGCCACACCCGGUGUCGAUUCCAUACCUAGCCAAGAUCUCGUCAAGGAAAUAAAAAAGCACUUUAGCAACUCCAUGGACACAUUCAAGGAUGACUUCAUCGGCACCGCUGAAGCCAUGUUUGGCCCGGGCUUCGUGUGGUUGGUCCAGACCAAAUCCUCCGAAGGCGCGAAGAUGAAGAUCCUGACAACCUACCUGGCCGGAAGCCCGUUGAGUGGCGCCCAUUACAGGAAGCAGUCACACGAUCUGAACACGGAGAAUGCCGACUCCUACUUAGGCCUCAAUCCCGCCGGUACUUUUGGUCAAUACUCCAGUGCCCAGAAAUCGGACAAGAAGCCCGCAAGCCCUCUGGGCGGUGUCGAUGUUACCCCGAUCCUUUGCGUCAACACCUGGGAACAUGUUUGGCUGCACGAUUACGGAGUCAGGGGCAAAGUGGAUUAUCUCGAGAACUGGUGGAACAAGAUUGACUGGAACAAGGCGUUACAGUUCACAAACGUUACUCGCGAUUCUUCCUCCCAAUUCCAGCAAGGCGGCGCUAGGAAGUUUACGUACGCCGAUCAUGUCUGA